AACUUCUCCCUUUCUUCCAGCACUUUCUGACUCAGUCUUCUUGACACACUGGUUCACUUAGCUAACUGACAAACAUCGUAUUCCAAACCUGCAGAGGAAUCUUCUGUGCUUCACUUUACCUUUUUCUGAUCUCGUCCUGAUCUGUGACAGGUCUGCAGUUGUAGACAGAGGUUGGACUUAAGUGCUUUUCACUUUUCCUUUUGUUCCCCAGUGUUAUGCGUGUCCAUGAAAGUGUUUGAGUGUCCGUGAGUCAGUAUGCCAUGUCGUCCCCUGGCUCGUCGUUUGUACAGAUAAAGCAUGAGGAUUUGCUUUUCUAUGAGAACUGUGGAGGAGGCAGCUUUGGGAGUGUUUACAGGGCCCUCUGGAUAUCGCAAGACAAGGAAGUUGCUGUGAAGAAGCUUCUCAAGAUCGACAAAGAGGCUGAGAUUCUCAGUGUACUGAGUCAUAAGAACAUCAUUCAGUUUUAUGGAGCCGUGCUGGAACCUCCCAACUAUGGCAUUGUCACAGAAUACGCGAGCGGAGGGUCUCUGUAUGAGUACAUUUCCAGUGAGCAGAGUGAAGAAAUGGACAUGGAGCAAAUCAUGACAUGGGCCAUACAGAUGGCCAAAGGAAUGCAUUACCUCCAUGCAGAAGCUCCAGUCAAAGUGAUACACAGAGAUCUCAAGUCACGAAAUGUGGUAAUGACUGCAGAUAAAGUACUAAAGAUAUGUGACUUUGGAGCAUCUAAGUUUCUGUCUCACACAACCCAUAUGACUGUGGUGGGGACUUUUCCCUGGAUGGCUCCAGAAGUUAUUCAGAGUCUUCCUGUCUCUGAGACCUGUGACGCCUACUCAUAUGGUGUGGUGCUGUGGGAGAUGCUGACUCGGGAGGUUCCUUUCAAAGGUUUUGAGGGGCUGCAGGUUGCGUGGCUGGUGGUGGAAAAGCAAGAGAGGUUAACCAUCCCAACCAGCUGCCCUGCAAGUUUUGCAGAGUUGAUGCGGAAAUGUUGGCAAGCAGAUCCAAAGGAGCGACCGCAAUUCAAGCAAGUGCUGCUAACCUUGGAGACCAUGGCAAACGACAGCAGGCUGCCAGACCAGUGCAACUCUUUCCUACAUAACAAGGACCAGUGGAGAUGUGAAAUUGAAUCAACCCUUGAGCGCCUUCGGAAGCUGGAGAGGGAGCUUUACUCCAAAGAGAAAGAGUUGGAGGAAAGGGAGAGGCGGCUCAGACUGUGGGAGGAGAGGCUGAUGGAGAGGUCAAACAGGACUCCCAGUCCAACCUCUCUACUCAUGGACCGCUCAAACAUUUCACCAUUCUUCACACCUUUGUCCAUUGGUUCCUCUGGCUCCUUCUUCCGCUCACACUCCCAGGACUCCAACAGCACCAACCUCAGCAGUGCAGGGGUCAGUAGUGCUGGUGUCAGCUGUCUCCUCCGCACACUCAGCAAUGGAGACACAGAGCGAGGGAGCAGUGCUGCGCUGGAGAGGGGGGUGGGUUCACUUGACGGUAGCAGGCUGCAUGUCAUGCUUCGAGGGUUACAGGGAAGGUUUGAAGAGGACAGGGAAGAUGAAGGAACUAUUGAGGAGAAAGACUGGGGGCAAAAGGAACAAAAUGAUAGUGGGUGUCUGGAGGGAGGAAGGGUGCAGGUAACACUCAGGAGCUUCCCAGGAGGCGUCGUGGAAAGGGAGGAGAGGACCUGGGAGGAGGGCGACAGAGAGCGAGGAGGCAUGCAAAGAAGCCGAGUCACCACCAUAGUCCGAGGGUAUUCAGGAGGAUUUGGGGAGGCAGAGGGGGAGAGUGAGAAGGAGGGAGGGUGGGAUAUUGAAAAAUUAGGGGACAAGUUAGAGGAGAAAGGGAUAGAUGGAGGGGUUGAGGGAAGCAGGCUGCCAUCCAUGUUUAAGGGUCUCCGAGGAAGUUUUGGAAGCCUAGGUGACAUGCUGUCCUUAGAUAUGGAUGAGAUGGGGGAGAUGGACAGACUUGGUGACAUGGACAUGAAUAUGAGUGACCUGGGAAUGAUAAAGGUGAUGGGUCAGGGUGUCAGGAGUGAAGUGGGCAUCAGGGGUCGCAGAAGUGACGUAGGGGUUGCAGUCCAGGGAGUCAGGGGCGACCUCAGUGAAGCCAUCAGCCAGAAGAUAAGAGGUGAAGUGGGCGUUGUCGGCCACUCUGGGAUGCAGGUGAGCAUGCGAGCAUCUUCCAAUCAGAACUCUGUGAAGAGCUGCAGCGUGCGUCAUGGAACAAAGAUCAACAUGGCGACAGCCGCCAUGGACAUGAUGGAGCUCGAUUGGUCCGACAGUGACUAGGAAACACAUGGGUAGAUGUAUUGUAGCAAGCAGAAAUUGAAAAAUGAUUUAACUUGUUCAAACAGACAGCAUUUGAGCAACAAAUUGUGCCAUAGUCUUCAGAUUAGGCAGACACAUAAUUUUAAUUAAGUUUAAUAACACACCCAUGUGUUUCAAGAGAUAGCAAAGUAAUCCAAAGCCCUUUCAGACAUAGGCUUUUUAUGAUUAACCGCUGUAACAACAAUGGCGGUCAGUUAUUUAAACAAAGGUCACUUUUACAUCCACCGUAUUUCCAUAUCCAUAAUUAUACAGAUGGAAUCAACGGCUGACAAGAUUUCUAUGAUGUUCAGCUUGAUUUGCCCUGACCAGUCAGUCAGACUGGUGAUAAGCUGGUUGCAAACUCAAAAAUCAGAUCUUUUUUUAAAUCAGGGAAUGCACCAUACAUAACUCCUGGUUUAUACCCACCGUUUCUGUCCUCACGAAUGGUGUUUCAUGAUGGAAGCAACGCACGAUCUGUAGGGGACGAGAUCUGUCUUCCUUAGCUGAUUAUGAAUCCCAGAUUUUGUAACAGUUCCUGUACGGUUUAUGAAUGACUAAAUCUUACAUUAAUAAUUGAAAAUUGCAAAAAUCAUUCAUAGAAAGAUUACUACUGUUGAUGCAAGUAGCAGCCAUCUUGAAAGCGGAAAUCGGAUAUGGUCAUGUUUCCCCCUACUUUUUGACUUGUAAUUCCAACUUACAGGGGCGUUACAGUUGGAGUUUCCUAUUUGAGGGUCAGAAAUUCCAAUUUCCAGGUACAAAUGGAACGCACUAUUCCUCCAUAGAUUCUUCUUCUGCAACCAGUUGCUGAAUACAGGCAGAUUUGAUCUGCAGUGACAUCCGUCUUUUAAAAUGGGGACUGUAGUGAACACCUGUACAAGGUCGCACUGACAACAACAUUCUUCACGUUCUGUGAACGCUGUUUCUGAAGAAGGAAGACUUAAAAGUUAUUUUCAGUGUCUUUCAACUUGAAGUCAGAAGAAGAACUAAAGAUGGAUGAAAGUUUCUAGAAAGGAAACUGUAUUUUCAAAGAGAUCUUGAGAAAUCCUAUCACAAUGCAAGAGAGUGAAAGAGAGCAAGCCUUGUGCCAAUUAAAAGGAAGGCUGAAUGUACAGGAUUUUUGCAAAGUUUCUUAGUUUUUUCUUUUUAAAUGUCACACGCUGUCAUGAAACAUGCUGAAUUAGGAAAUAUUAACAUCCUUCUGGACACAUAAAAAUUAAUGUAACAAUCUAAAUUCCCUGAAAUAUACACACUGGAGUGCUUUUUUACUGAUGGUGCGUUCACACCGAACACGGAUUCUGUGGUAGGAGCGGCCGAUUUACAUGUUAUCCCUAUGUAGAGGCGCGUUCGGGAGUGGAGCGGCGUGAGGCGUUGCAAAGGAGACGAAGGACGUGGUGCGAAAGGCGCGCCGAGCUAAGCGAGAGCGGUGGACGAGUUGAAAAAUCGGAACUUUUUUCUAAAUUCGCGUCGCGUCAACCAAUCAGGGACUGGAUGUGGCUGUGACGUAGGGUGAAGGACCGCAGCGGAGAAGAAGCGGUUGUCAGUGAUGAUGGAGGACCAAAUUAUAGUGGCGCUGUGCGGCAAGCCAGAUUUGUAUGACUCAAGUAAUUAUUUUUACCGAGACAAGUACAGAAAGGACCUGGGCUGGAGAAGAGUCAGUGAGGAGACUGGAGUAGCCGGUAAAACUUUAAAAUAGUGCCAUUGUACUACUGUCUUUUGGCCAAUUUAUAUCAGCACGUCACUUGCUAUAUAUAUCUUAUAUUUAGGAGAUGUGGACAUUAAAAAUCAGAAGUUUUUUUAUUGAGCUGAGAUUUAUUUACUCACCGAAGAAAGAUGGACAGGCGUUCAGCAGAGGGGAUACAGCGCCGGUAGUUGGUGUCCCGGAGGCUGAUUCGUCUCCCAACGCAGGACAGCAGAUCUUCGAACUGGGUCCUGGACAGAUGGAAGUACUACUGAAAUAGACCAUCAUCCAGACGCAGCUCCUGAAGUAAGUGGUGGUACUCUCCGAACAGUUCUUAUCCCUGAAGAAUCUCGUGAACCCAGGGACGUCGACGGUGUUUUUCGGCUCUCCACAGGUAAAACACCGUAAUUAGGUCCGUGAAAUCCAUGUCCGCCAUGUUCAGUUGAAACCAGCAAGCAGCAGAUGGAAGCUCCUCCUAUUUGAUGAUGCGGCGAAGCGUUGCUGCUUGUUGCCACUUGGCAAUGCAGAGUUCAUGCGUAAUGUCAAGCGAGCAAAAGCACACAAAUGACGUGAAAUAUUCGCAGAAUCCGCGUUCGGUGGGAUUGCACCAUUAUGCUUGCCACGCUAACCAUGCUAAUCACUAAAGAAGAUGCUAAAGACAGUUUUAAGUAUCCACUUUGUUUUACACUCAUAUCUCUCACACAUACAGUGGAUCAUGACCACUGCUUCUAAUAUAAUUAAAUAUUCACCACUUAUGGCUGGAAGGUUUAGCCACAUCAAUCAGCCACAAAACUCUGAUUGGCGCAUCUCUAAUUCUAUAGGACAGCAUGUUGUUCACACUUGUGCCUUUGUUGGAAAGAUAUGUUUCAAGGUGCGUAAAAGUGACCUGUGUGUUUCUUCUGACAUGAAUCUGACACGUUCAGUUAGCAUUGGAUUAGUGUGUCUGAAAGGGACUGAGUAUGUUCUCCUGGCAAUUUCUCAGAUUGACUUCACCUGUGUAAUUUAAACUACUUCUAAACUGCUGCAUAACAUACUGUAAGCGGUACAAGUGUAACCAAAUGAUGCACUUGAAUGCCACAUUAAUGAGGCGGCACUGUUGUUUUUUUCCCCUCCUGCUUAUAAGGUAUUUUGUAGUUUGUGGAUUUGAUUUGUUAAACAUGCUUAGACUUUGUCAGUUCUAACUGUGAUCUAGUGUGAGACUUUUUGGCAUUUUUUUCUCUGUAUAUUGUAUCAUUUUUCAAUAAAAAGAAAAUAUGUUUGA